AAAGCCAUAUACAUACAUAGCAGAUAGCACCGCCCUCUCUCCUCUCUUCUUCAAAAGCGCACCCUAUUCUCUUCUCCCCUAUUCUGCAUAUCGCAUUUGUUCUUCUUGAAUCUCUUGAGAGAGAGAGAGAGAAAGAAAGAGAGAAAGUAAGAGAUGGAAAGAAUGUUCCCUCCAAAGAAGCCCUCAACUAUGAAUUCCCAUGACAGACCCAUGUGUGUUCAAGGCGACUCGGGUCUCGUUCUCACCACUGACCCCAAACCUCGCCUCCGUUGGACCGUUGAACUCCAUGAACGUUUCGUUGAUGCUGUUACUCAGCUUGGUGGCCCUGACAAGGCGACUCCUAAAACCAUCAUGAGGGUUAUGGGUGUGAAGGGUCUCACACUUUACCACCUCAAGAGCCACCUUCAGAAAUUUAGGCUCGGUAAGCAGCCCCACAAGGAAUUCAACGAUCACUCGAUUAAGGAUGGUAUGAGAGGUGACUCACUCGAUCUUCUUUCUAGGGUUCUCAGUAACUCACACAUGGUUGAUGCGAUUAGGAUGCAAAUAGAGGUGCAGCGAAGACUCCAUGAACAACUUGAGGUGCAAAAACAUCUUCAGCUAAGGAUUGAGGCACAAGGAAAAUACAUGCAAAGCAUAUUGGAAAAGGCGUAUCAAACCCUGGCAACUGAGAACAUGGGGGCGGUGGCGGCAGCGGCAACGAACAUGAAGGGGAUUGGAGGAGGAGCCCAUGGAAUCCCUGACAUGGGUGUCAUGAAGGACUAUGGUUCCCCUCUAAACUUCACAUCUUUCCAAGACCUUGACAUCUACGGCGGCGGAGGCGGAAAUGACCAAAUUGACCUUCACCAGAACCUGGAGAAGCCAACCCUUGACGGUAGUGGAUUCCUUCCAAUCAAUGAGGGUCUUUGCCUUGGUGGGAGCAAUAACAGUAGUAAUAACAAGAAGAGGCCAAACCCUUAUGGUAGUGGCAACAACACUGGGAAAAGCCCUUUGAUUUGGAGUGACGAUCUUAGGCUUCAAGAUUUGGGAACAGCUUCUUCAUGCCUUGGUGAUGAUUCUUUGUUCAAAGGUGAACAAAUCCAGAUGGAUCAUAGAGGAACUCAUGAGAUUGAUCCAAUGGCUGAGAUCUAUGACACAAAGCCUGUUCUUCAAGGUGCUGACGGAGAUAACAAGAAAUUUGAUGCUUCUAUGAAGCUUGAAAGGCCUUCACCGAGAAGGAUGAGUCCUAUGAUCAGCACUGGAACCAUGGCACAAGGUAGAAGCUCACCAUUUGGAUGAGGAUGCUUCUCGAUUGUAAUUGAUUAUGAUGAUGACGACUUAAUUUUCAUUUGACGCUGAAAAUUAAAUAACUCUCUCCGAAUAGUAUCAUAUAUCUAGGGUUUUUUUCGAGUUGGGGUAUUUUGGUCAAAUUAGAAGCUCAUACGAGGGUUAUUUCCUCCUCUCAUCAAGUACUGUUUAUUAUUAUGUGGGUAUAAUGCCGUUUGCAUGGCGAAGUAUAUGAGUCUUAUUAUUAUUAUUAUUAUUCUAAUUCUAACUUUUAUUAGUAUAAUUAUCGUAUAAGCACAAGUGAUUAUGUGCUUGAAAUGUGAGCAUUAUUCUCACUUGGUUUUCCAA